AUGAUCUCCUCCAAGGUGGUGCCCCGAGAGGAGGCUCAGCGGGAGACGCUGUCUGAAGGUCGACUGGAGGCAGAGUCCUCCGACGAGGCUGGCCCUAGCUGGGCCGCAGGGCCGCCGUCAGAGCGCCUGCCGCCCCUGGGUCAGGAGGCACCUCCACCACGCCGCUGCCACACCGACUGUUUAGAAGCGCCCCUGUCGCGCUCCUUCCAGCGCCUUGGCGCCGCGGUGGGUUCGCACCCCUGGCUGUUUUUGCUUGGGCCUGCGCUGCUGACGGUCGCGCUGGGCACCGGCCUCAUCUUCCUGCCCAAGGAGAAGGAGAACCUGGAGGAGCAGUACACGCCGAUUGGCAGCCCUGCCAAGGCCGAGCGGCGCUUCGUGCAGGGUCACUUCAGCACCAACGACACGUACCGCUUCUCCGCCUCCAGGACCAGCUCCGAGACCAACUUCGCGUCCAUCCUGGUGGUGUCUCUCACCGACUCGCUCCUGAAGCCGAGGACAUUCACAGAGGUGAGCAAGCUGGACAAAGCGGUGCAGGCGCUGAAGGUGGUACAGGAAAACGGACCGCCGAUCCUGUAUAAAGAGGUGUGCGCCAAGUACAAGACGCUGUGCGUGCCACCCAACCCUCUGCUGUAUGCCUGGCAGCAUAACUUGUCAUUGGAUUUAUCAAGCCUCACCUUCCCCAUUCAUAACAUGUCCAACCACUUCAUCUACUUGGCGGGCUUCUUUGGGGGAAACGUCUUGGGCCAAACCGUGGGAAGAAGUCAACGACUUGUUGAGUCCCGAGCGUUGAGGCUGCUGUAUUACCUCAAGACCGAAGACCCCGAAGACAGUGAGCGUAGCAAGGCAUGGCUGACUCACUUUCUUGACCAUUUCAACGACAUGAAGAGCAGUCUGACUUUAGAAGAGACAGAGGUAGUCUAUUUUACAUCCCUUUCAAGGCAGCUGGAGUUUGAGGCAACCUCCAAGACUGUGAUUCCUCUGUUCCAUCUGGCAUACAUUUUAAUCAUACUGUUUGCAGUUGUAUCAUGUUUCAGGUUGGACUGUGUAAGAAACAAAAUGUGGGUAGCAGUCUCUGGAGUAUUUUGUGUUGCCUUGUCAGUGGUGAGUGGCUUUGGCUUGAUGCUGCACAUUGGAGUCCCGUUUGUGAUCAUAGUUGCAAAUUCACCAUUUCUUAUUCUUGGUGUUGGGGUUGAUGACAUGUUUAUCAUGAUUUCUGCCUGGCAGAAGACCAGCCUCAUGGAAAGCAUAAGAGAACGACUCUCCAAUUCAUAUUCAAAGGUGGCAGUGUCCAUUACAAUCACCACCCUCACCAAUGUCCUUGCUUUUUAUACGGGAAUCAGCAGCUCUUUUAGGUCUGUACAGUAUUUUUGCAUCUAUACAGGAACAACUCUGCUCUUUUGCUAUUUUUAUAGUAUCACCUGUUUUGGAGCAAUUAUGGCUCUGGAUGGUAAAAGAGAAGUUGCGUGCUUCCGCUGGCUAGAAAAGCCAGACCCAAAAUAUGCUUCAUUAAAAAAAUCCUGCUGUGUCCCAUUUGGUUCAACCCCAGAUGAGAAUGGGGAAGAUAAGCAUCCAAUGAAUUUGUUCUUUAGAGACUAUUUUGGUCCUUUCCUCACAACUUCUAAAGCCAAGUUUUUUGUAGUGCUGAUAUACAUUUUCUACAUCAUAAGCAGUAUAUAUGGAUGUUUCCAAGUGCAGGAAGGGUUAGAUCUUCGGAACCUUGCGAGCGAUGAUUCCUACAUCACACCAUAUUUUAAUGUUGAGGAAGAUUACUUUUCAGACUAUGGCCCAAGGGUUAUGGUCAUAGUCACUGAGAGUGUCAACUACUGGGAUGGAGAUGUAAGACAGAAGCUGGACAACUGCAUGAUAAAGUUUGAAGAAAAUGAAUAUAUAGAUAAAAAUCUCACAGAGUUUUGGUUGAAAGCAUAUAUUCAAUAUAUGAAUAACAGUGGAAAGGACCCUAAUGACAAGAAUACAUUUAUGAAUAAUAUUUCAGGUUUUUUAAAAGUUUCCCCUGUUUUUACAUAUGAUAUUAAUAUUUCCUCAUCUAAUGAGAUCAUUGCCUCCAGAGGCUUCAUUCAGACUGUAAGGGUUUCUUCGUCAAGCAAUAAGAAGAGAAUGUUACUACAGUUACGAGGCAUAGCUGAGAACUGUGAGGUUCCCUUAAUGGUGUAUAACCAGGCAUUCAUCUAUUUUGAUCAGUAUGCUGCGAUAAUAGAAAACACUGUUCGAAAUGUCAUGGUUGCGUCAACAGCUAUGCUCAUUGUUUCUUUAUUGCUAAUUCCUCACCCAGUGUGCUCCUUGUGGGUUACUUUUGCUAUUGCAUCUGUGAUUGUGGGAGUGACGGGUUUCAUGGCAUUCUGGAAUGUUAAUCUUGAUUCCAUAUCCAUGAUUAAUCUUGUUAUUUGUAUAGGGUUUUCCUUUGAUUUUUCUGCACACAUUUCCUAUGCAUUUGUUUCCAGUUCUGAGACCUCAGUAAAUAAAAAGUCAAUUGAGGCGUUAUAUAUGCUAGGCUAUCCAGUGUUGCAAAGUGCAAUCUCAACAAUAAUAGGGGUGUGUGUUUUAUCUGCAGCUAAAGCUUACAUCUUCAGGACAUUUUUUAAGAUUAUGUUUCUUGUUAUGUUUUUUGGGGCCGCUCAUGGCCUAAUUUUUAUUCCAGUAUUCUUAACCUUUUUUUGA